AUGUCAACCUUCCAAUCGCCUUUCAACUACGAAUCUAGUUCUCUCCGCUUCGCUAACAGGAACCUUGUGGAAGAGAUUCAUGGAUAUGCCCCAGUCAUAAAGUCCAUCAUCAAUGCUGUUGUUCACGGUUCUGAGCGGAACAAGACGUACGAAGACCUGGCGCUCUUUGUCGACACCUUUGGUGCAAGAUACACGGGUACUGCUACAUUAGAGAGAAGCAUCGACUACAUGGUCAAGUUGCUGAAGCAUCGCCGUCUCGAUAACGUGCACACGGAGCCAGUCAGAGUACCUCGUUGGUUUAGGGGAUAUGAAGCAGCAUGGAUGGUGGCACCAAGGCUGCAGAAGCUACCCAUUCUAGGCCUUGGAUACAGCGCGCCCACGCCUCGUCACGGCAUUACUGCACCAAUACUUGUGGUAGACUCAUUUCAAGAACUGCACGAAAAUAGACAUAAGGCGACUGGCAAGAUUGUUGUCUUCAACCAGAAGUACAUUUCUUACGAUAAGACCUCGAAGUACAGAAAGCGGGGUGCCGAGGAAGCUGCAAAGGCGGGCGCAAUCGCCGUGUUAGUGCGCUCAGUGACGCCAUUUUCCAUAGCGUCUCCGCACACAGGGUUCACAACGUUCACCGAGCGAAGGUUUCGCAUACCGUCUGCAUCCAUAACUGUUGAAGAUGCCGAAUUGUUGAAAAGAAUGCAGAGCAGAGGGAUAACUCCUGUCGUCAAGCUGAUCAUGCGCAACAGGGACCUACCUGCAGUUAUGUCACGAAACACGGUGGCCGAAAUAACAGGACGGGAAAAACCUCGCGAGGUGAUUCUCAUCAGUGGUCACAUCGACUCUUGGGACGUCGGUCAAGGCGCCAUGGAUGACGGCGGAGGCGCGUUCAUUUCUUGGCGAGCGCUCGACGUGUUUCGUCGGCUUGGGCUGCGGCCGCGUCGCACUGUCCGCUCUGUCUUAUGGACAGCCGAAGAAGUAGGCACCAUGGGUGCGGAACAGUAUUUCGCGGACCACGCUGACGAAAAGAAAGAACGCAUAAACAUCGCCAUGGAAUCCGAUAUGGGUACAUUCAAGCCUAAGGGGCUCGCAUUCAGCGGACACAGUGAGCGAGCGAGGUGUGUUAUUGCGGAAGUACUAAGCCUCUUCAGCGGUAUCGACGCUACGGAGCUCACGGUUGGAGCAGAUGCACCGGACCUCAGGCAAUGGAUCGAGGCAGGUUUUCCAGUCGCGUCGCUCACCACGCACAACGAGAAGUACUUCUACUUCCAUCACACGGACGGGGACACGAUGACUGUUCAUGACCCCAAGGUUCUGGACCUCUGCACUGCGAUGUGGGCCGGCGUCGCGUACGUCCUUGCUGACCUGCACGAUAGCCUGCCUCGUAGAUAAAUACACAGAGAUAGAACGGUGCUUGUUCUGU